UAUAAAUUCUUCUUAAAAAUUUGUGUUAAGUGUUGUUAUUCUUCAUUUCUCUUUCUGUACCAUCUUCUAUCUAAAAUACCAAAUAGGCGUUCUCAAAAAAAAAAAAAACCAAAAAGAAAAAAAAAACCAACGAGGGAUUGGAUCAAGUGGUAAGCGUUUGUUCCAAUUUAAGUAAGAUUUCGAGUUCGAGACCUUGUGAAUGCGGCAGCUCUCGCUGGGAGACUCACCUAUCAUUUCCAGGAAGCUGAUCGGAGCAAGGUACUUCAACAAAGGUUAUGCAGCUGCCGCCGGCAAGCUUAACUCCUCUUUCGACACGCCAAGGGACAACGAAGGCCACGGCAGCCACACCCUCUCUACUGCCGGCGGUAAUUUCGUCGCCAACGCCAGUGUUUUUGGCUUUGGCGAAGGAACCGCCAAAGGGGGUUCGCCAAGGGCUCGAGUAGCUGCCUACAAGGUAUGCUGGCCUCCCAUUGCAGGAAACGAAUGCUUCGAUGCAGAUGUAAUGGCGGCCUUCGAUUCCGCUAUUCAUGACGGUGUCGAUGUGCUGUCCUUGUCGCUGGGAGGGGAACCGGUAGGUUUCUUCAACGACAGCAUUGCAAUUGGGUCUUUCCAUGCUGUUAAGCGCGGGAUAGUGGUGGUUUGCUCGGCCGGAAAUUCGGGUCCGGCUGAUGCCACUGCCUCCAACCUGGCGCCAUGGCAGAUUACAGUCGGAGCCAGUACCAUGGACAGGGAAUUUCCUAGCUACGUUGUUCUUGGCAACAAAAUGCGUUUCAAGGGAUCAAGUUUAUCGACGAAAACUUUACCGGAAAAGUUCGUCUCCCUUAUUAGUGCUGCAGAUGCUAAAGCACCUAAUGCAUCAGUGCAAGAUGCAUUGCUGUGUCAGGCGGAAACUCUUGAUCCAAGCAAGGUUAAGGGAAAGAUAUUGGUGUGUCUCCGAGGUGUGAAUGCAAGGGUGGACAAGGGCCAGCAGGCUGCUCUUGCUGGUGCAGUUGGCAUGAUUCUUGCCAAUAAUGAGUUGACUGGAAAUGAAAUUACCGCUGAUGCACAUGUCCUCCCUGCGUCACACAUUAACUACACUGCUGGCACGGCUGUGUUCUCUUACAUCAAUUCAACCAAAUCUCCUGUUGGUUACAUUACACCAGCAACCACCCUUGUUGGGACAAAACCAGCACCUUUCAUGGCAGCAUUUUCAUCCAAGGGCCCCAACAUCAUCGUCCCUGACAUCCUCAAGCCUGAUAUCACUGCACCUGGAGUUAGUGUCAUAGCAGCCUAUACAGGACUGGUAGGGCCAACAAAUCAAGAUUUUGACAAGCGCCGUGUUCAAUUCAACUCUGUUUCAGGCACUUCGAUGUCCUGUCCUCAUGUUUCAGGCAUUGCUGGUCUCCUGAAGACCCUCUAUCCUCAUUGGAGUCCUUCUGCAAUUAAAUCAGCCAUCAUGACCACUGCAACUACAAUGGAUAACCUUAAGGAGAGAAUUCUGAAUGCAUCAAAUGUGGAGGCAACACCAUUCAGCUAUGGAGCAGGGCACAUACUACCAAACCUUGCUAUGAAUCCUGGACUUGUUUAUGACCUAUUAGAAAAUGAUUACCUAAACUUCCUAUGUGCCUUGGGUUACAAGGAAACCCAAGUUUUAUUAUUUUCAGAGAAACCCUACAAAUGUCCCAAACCAAUUAGUCUUGCCAACUUCAACUACCCUUCAAUCACAGUUUCUAACCUUUCUGAUUCAAUCACAGUAACCCGAACAGUUAAAAACGUUGGUUCACCAGGUACCUACACAGCUUAUGUCAACCAACCAACUGGAGUUUCAGUUUUUGUUAAGCCAAAAAGGUUAAAGUUCAAGAAGGUUGGUGAAGAGAAAACCUUCAGUGUCACUCUAAAGAUCAAGGAAACUGGUGCAGCCAAGGAUUAUGUAUUUGGGAAGCUGGAAUGGUCAGAUAAUCAACACCAUGUAAGGAGUCCCAUAGUAGUCAAGGCAUCCUAAGCUUCUGGUCUCCUGGCCCCAUGGCAGGUGCAGCUUUCCCAGUUCCAAGACCGGGUUCAGUUCCCCUCCCAAAUUUAUAACCUAUCAAAAGAAAGCCAGGCUUAAAUACUAGAAGAUUUGCUUCUGUUCUUCAUAGAGUUUUAAAUCACCGCAUUUAAUCAUUUGACCAUUUCCUAGUGGCUUCAGCAUUGCCUUUAAUAUCUAUAGUUAUCCUUCUGAGUACUGCUGUUUUUAUUAUUAUAUGUUGCCUAAACAUGAACUGUUGGCAAAUGGAAUGACAUCUAUUGAGUUUGAUCUUCAAAUUCUUUUUCAAGGUAUCUCUAAUGGGGACAGUUAUUGAUUUGAACCUUACAUGGUCAAGGUACUGGAAAAUUUCUAGAACUGCACUCCUUUCUCUGCAGCUGUGAACUCAUUUUCUAAUUACCUGGGUUGUUUUUCUGAUGGCUUCAAGCUGUGAUCCACCCGACCAAGUUCAAUGUUGAAGGGAUGACUUCAUUGUGUCCUAAUAAAUCAGUGUUAGAAAC